CCUGAGGCAGCGAAACAGAGUGAGCGCUUUCUUUCUAACUGAUGUAGUGGAGGCUCAAAAAUGGAAAGCGACACGGCUGUCCGAAGAAUAAAACCCUCCGAGCCGCCUCGGUAUGUGACCCAGGACAGCGACGGAGCCCAGAACCGGAGGGGCGAUAAUGGCUACGACGAAGACCCGAAGAAGAAGCACGAAGUGAGGCUGUUCUUACCGCGGGAAGGGCUCACGGCUUGUCUGGUGUCCGUGUUUCUGCUGCUGCUGUGGGGACUGGUUCAUCUGUCGCUGCAGCAGCUUGUCAUCGGAACACCGAGCGGGGAAUUCAACGCGGAAAGAGCCAGGCGGCACCUGGAGCAGAUCACCAGCGUUGGCCCUCGGCCAGUGGGCAGCGAGGAGAACGAGGUCCUGACGGUGGGCUACCUGUUGGAGCAGAUAGAGAAGAUCAGACUGAAGACCACCGCUGGUCCUCAUCAGAUCGCAGUGGACGUGCAGCGACCCACCGGGUCCUUCUCGAUCGACUUUCUCAGUGGUUUCACGAGCUUCUACGACCACGUCACCAACGUUGCUGUCAAGCUGGAGCCCAAAGGUGGCAGUGAGCAUCUCAUGCUCGCCAACUGCCACUUUGACACUGUGGCUAACAGCCCAGGCGCCAGCGAUGAUGCGGUGAGCUGUGCAGUGAUGCUGGAAGUCCUCCAUUCUCUGGCCAACCAGUCCACUCCUCUUCGCCACGGUGUGAUCUUCCUCUUCAAUGGAGCUGAAGAAAAUAUCCUGCAGGCGAGUCAUGGUUUCAUUACUCAGCAUCCUUGGGCUGAGCAGGUGCGUGCUUUUAUUAACCUGGAGGCUGCAGGCGUUGGAGGCAAGGAGGUUGUUUUCCAGACAGGUCCAGAGAACCCAUGGCUGGUCCAAGCCUACGUCCACGCAGCCAAACACCCCUUCGCCUCUGUGGUCGGUCAGGAGGUUUUUCAGAGCGGCGUCAUUCCCUCUGACACCGACUUCCGCAUUUACAGAGACUUUGGUCACAUCCCAGGCAUUGAUCUUGCUUUCAUUGAAAAUGGUUUCAUCUACCACACCAAGUAUGACACCGCCAACAGGAUUUUGACCGACUCGAUUCAGAGAGCUGGUGACAACAUCCUGUCUGUUUUGAAGCACCUGCUUAUGUCGGAAACGCUGGCGGAUUCUUCAGCGUAUCGUCAUGGCAACAUGGUGUUUUUUGACCUGCUGGGAGUUGUCGUAGUGGCCUAUCCCGCCCGUGUGGGCACCAUCCUCAACUACAUGGUGUCAGCAGCCACUUUCCUGUAUCUGUUGAAGAAGGCCAUGCUGCCUGGCACUGGAGGUGGGCGUUACGUUCGGGACCUAGCCUAUGCCACCGCCGUAGCGGUGCUGAGUUGGUUCGUCACCCUGCUGUCUGUGCUGAUCGUCGCCCUUCUCGUCACUCUGUUGGGACGCUCCAUGUUUUGGUACACCCACUUUUACGCAGCCAUCUGCCUGUAUGGAGCCGCAGCCACCGGGAAAAUUAUCCUCAUCCACACGCUGGCCAAAAACCUGUACUACAGGGGUGUACGUCUGGUGGAGCUGGGUGAUCUGUAUUUUGAUGUGAGCUUGCUGCUGUGGUGCUCCAGCCUGGUGUGGCUGACCUCUCGAGGUCUGUGUUCAGCCUACGUGCCCAUGCUGAUGGUGGCUUUCCCCCUGAUCACCAGACUGCUGCUGACCAGAGAGUUCAAACACAGAGGCGCGUCUCUGAAAUACAGUUUGCUGUACCUUUUGGGGCUCACGCUGCCGUAUGUCCACUUCAUGUUCCUGCUCUGGGUGGUGUUUGAGAUCUUCACCCCCAUCAUGGGCCGCAGUGGAACAGAAAUCCCUCCUGAAGUGGUGAUGGCCUCUUUGGUCACCCUGGCAACCAUCUUCCUCUCCUCUUUUUUUCUGCAUUUCAUCUACUUGGUAAGAAGCACAAAGUGGAUCCUGGCUGGUCUGGGUUCAGUUUUCAUGGUCAUGUUCCUGUUGGUGUCCGGCGGCCUCUUCUUUCCGUAUUCGGGGGAUCCACACAGCCCCCGGCCGAAGAGGGUUUUCCUGCAGCACACAACACGGACCUUCCACAAUCUUCAGGGCCAGGUGGAGAGCAUCGACUCUGGUCUCUGGAUAAACAGCUUCGACUUCACAAGCGUCCAACACAUAACUCCUCACAUCCCCGAGAUCAACGACAGCAUUCGGACCCGCUGCAGGGAGGACCGACCCUUCUGCGGUUACCCGUGGUUCCUGCCGGUGAAGUUCCUCAGCAGGAAGAACUGGUACCUUCCUGCUUCAGGAGUGUCUCCUAGUUCUCCGGUGGAGUUCAGCCUUCGGUCCAAAGAGGAGACGAGAUGGGGGACAUUCAAAAUGACAUUCAGAGUGAAAGGACCGAGCCACAUGUCUUUGUAUCUGAUGCCUCACCGAGGGGCCAGCCUCUCCUCUUGGUCCUUCGGCGACGGGACUCCUCAGCUCGACCUGAACGGAGAAUAUUUUAUCUUCUAUUCCCACGGCCUCAGUGCCCCCACGUGGACCUUCUGGUUUGAAAUCCAGCCUCCCACAGAACCGGACCCAUCCGGCCCCGAGGGGAUGAUCUCAGUGGCCAUAUCUACCCACUAUUUCUUCGGCAAAGACAGUCGGACUGCUCAGCUGGAGGAAACCCUCCGCCGGUUCCCCACGUGGGCGUUUCCUUCUUCCUGGGUCAGCACUUACGACAUGUACCGAUACUGAGAGCGUCGCGCAUCGCAG